AUGAGCCGGAGAUAUUUCAGGUGGAGCGGUCACACUUGGACUUCAGACAUGCGCUUCAGAACUGCUGAUUUAAACGGCAGUGAACUUGUUCCACGAUUGGCGUUCGUACUAUCGACGGUUUGGCGACCGGGUUGCAACUCGUGUUACGCGAGUGAGCGCACGGCCUUGUACAGCCAUGUGAGACGAAGGCUUCGACUCCAGAGGGUUUCCAGCAGCACACUUGUUAUACCGCCGCGGACCAACUUUCUUCGGGCGUACAUUGUUUCUAAGGCUGAAUUUGAAAGGGACGAGGACGGCUCACGGCUUGCUUUCCGACUCCCGUUUGCUCGAGACCUUGACGAGGCCCUCAACUCGCCGGCCUACGAGCUGGUGCUCACCGGCAUGGUCGUUACGGUCUCGGCGCUGUACGCUUUGGAAACGCUCCCACAGCUAUCCUUAGAGUUGCGGGAGCUCUUCGUGCGAAUUGAGGCAGUUAUCUCCGGGGUUUUCGUCAUAGAGUAUCUGUUGCGUUUUUAUUCCCAGGGACUGGACCCCCGAUACCUCCUGAGGAAAGCCAUGUUACUAGAUUUUAUCAGCAUAUUCCCCUUUUUGAUUGCUCAGGGUUUGAUGAAUGAUGCUUUUGAGCUACAGUUCGUGCGGCUGCUGCGCGUGCUGCGCAUCUUGCGCCUCGAGCGACUCGUCGAGGAGGAUACGUUUCGGCGCUUUUUCCUCGGGCGCGCCGAUGCUGCCUACGCGGAAUACAAACUUCGAAUCGCCCAGAUUGUUUUCACGCUCGCCAGCAUCAUUUGGGUAACGAGUGGUUUGAUAUACGAUGCUGAACAUGGCGCAAACCCACAGUUCCAAACAUAUUUUGAUGCACUCUACUUCUCCAUCGUCAGUUUGACGACGGUUGGACUCGGUGAUUUAGCACCACGUACGCCGCUUGGAAAACUGACGAUAUCCCUGGCGAUUCUCGUGGGUGUUGCCAUUAUUCCUUUCCAGCUUGGUCAACUGGGAAGGGCGCUUUUCGCAACAGAAGGAGGCUCGGAACAUGGACCCGAUGACCCUGCCGCCUUUUUCGGACGAAACGCACGCCCGGUUGAGUGCCAGCGCUGCGGCCAGAAGCGGCACAGCUGGGAUGCGCGCUACUGUCGAAUCUGCGGAGAGCGCUUGCCGAAAACUGUGAGUAACGGUGCGAAUGGCUCGGUCGCAACAUCAUCUAAUGACAAGCCUGACAAGUCGCCAGAUACUAUCAGGGAAUCCUGA